AUGGGCUGCCCGGUGGAUAACGAUUUGAUGACGCUUAUCAGCGUCGAAGUUACCAACUUAGAAAACGAAGUGGCAAAUAUAAAGCAGUACAGCAGUGAUGAGGCCAACAAAAUAACUGCUGCUCUUCAAACAACCAGAGACGAAGUUGAUAAAGUUCACGAGCGUAUAACUGACAUUGAGAAGCAAAUGGAGACAGACCGAAAAGAACGGCUUGAAAAACAGGAAGCCUUGUCGAGUGACAUUGAAGAUAUUUCUAACUCGUUAGCAAAAUUAGAUAAACGCGUAGAUAUUAAUAAAGAGGACAUCUCUCAGCUGAAAGAAAAACAAAGCGAUUUAAACACUACGGUAUCGUCUAUAACAGACGAUCAAGCUCGUCUAACUGAAGACAUGGGGGCUUUAAAAAUGGACCACAGUCACUUGGAUGCUAGGGUUAAAGCGCUAGAAGAUGGCAGUUUUAAGACUACAAAUGCAAAAAUUUUUCAAGUGCCGAGCCGGAAUCGUUGCUUUUGUGGUCGCGUUAGGGAGCUAGAAGCAAUUGCAGCGCAACUAAAAUACAGCCAAAAUGGUUGUAUUCAUUCAGCUAUUUGUGGUCUAGGUGGCGUUGGGAAAACGUCUCUCGCUGUAGAAUUUCUCUGGCAACAAAAGGGAGAAUAUCCAGGGGGGAUUUUCUGGAUUUCGGGCGAAAAUAAUGAUCUUUUUCAAAGGUCAGUCUGUGAGAUGGCACGUCAAAUUGGAACGUUCGAAAACGAUUUCGACAACUCCUUGUCGAGUACCCUUGAAUGGCUUGGAAAACGGGAAGAGUUGUGGUGCUUAGUGGUCGAUAAUCUUGAUGAGUUAGAAAUGUCCAAAGAGAUGCGAAAGCUGCUCACUGGCCACUGGAAACAUGUGGCUCGUGGACACAUCAUCAUAACGACAAGAAGAGAAGUUUCAGAAGUUGGAGAGGACACAGGAAUUGAUGAGCAGUGUUGUAUUAACUUAAAAUGCUUAACAGAAGAAGAAGGUAUUUAUUUCCUACGAAAGCGAACAGGUAAGGAUGAGGGAGAAGACAAUGACUUACGUGAGCUAGUCAGAGAACUGGGAGGGUUGCCCCUAGCUCUGGAUCAAGCUGGUGCCUAUAUACGAUGGGUUAAACAGUCUGUAAAAGAGUAUGUGAAGAAAUACAGGAAGCAGAAGCUGCUUCUCUUAAAAAAGAAAAAGGCGCAGCUAUUUGUGGAAAACACCUCUCCUGAACGGCUAGCUGUACACACAACCUGGACGUUGAAUUUUCAUCACAUCAGCCACAUCUCAAAAGAGAUGGAACUUGGAGAAUUCCCCAUUCGUUUCAUGCAGGUUUGUGCUUUUUAUGGCCCAGAUGACAUUCCAUACGAGUUGGUCAAUGAAGGGCUGAAAGAAGAUUGCAGUUCUGCAGAGGAAAGCGGUCUAUGGGAUCAAGCUGAGAUAGUAUCUCUUCUUACCAACUUUUCCCUGUUUCAAAGAUUCGAAUCAGAAUCAUUUAGUGUUCACCGUUUAGUGCAAGAAGUGAUACGAAGCCAGAUGGAAAAAGAACAAACUGAGUUGGUUCUCUCUCGUGCCGUAUGCGUCCUUCACCACGCGCUGAAAAAUACUCGCUCACCGGCUGAAGUGUGCGAACGGUUCGUUGAAGACGCUGUUUUUAGUGUAGAGAAUCCUCCUUCGUUGCAUCUGUGGGGUAAGUUGGCCUUACAUUCCACGUAUUUGCAGGAGCAUUUGCGUAAUUACUCUUCCAAGCAUAAAGAGUCAGUCCAUACCCUGUUGUACACUGAAGAAACCGUGCGUGUCUUCAAUGAAGCAAGUAUAUUUUUCAGUGUUUCCCAAGAGAAAGUUAAAGCUCAAGAAAUACAGAAACUGAAACUGGACUUUCUGGUGAACAUCACUAAAGGCAACCACAGAGGAUGGCACCAAACGGUUCAAGUAUUUUAUUGACAUUCCUUUAAAGGACAAAGAAUACAAGCUGAUAUCUCACUGCAUGAGGCAACCUUCCCCUGAGGAUAAUUCCCCGGAUGUAGCUGAAACGUCUCGUAUCGAGAUGGAAGAUAAGGCUAACCAGAUCCGUGAACAAGGGAACCUUGCAGUGAAAAGAAGCGAGUUCGAAGAGGCUUCAGAACUUUAUUCUACUGCCAUAAAGUUAAAGGUUGACGAUUGGAGACUAUUCGCCAACCGAGCCCUUUGUUAUUUAAAGCUCGGCCGGCCCCAGCAAGCUUUAGAAGACUGUGAAGAGUGCCUUUCUUUACAUCCUCAUAAUAGUAAGGCACUUCAACGCAAAAUCUGGGCUCUCCAUAACCUUGUUAACGAGGGAGCUACUCACCUGAAUGGGCAAAAAAGAGCAACAAUGGCAGUGGCCGUUUACUUUCAUCAAGUCUUCGAACUGAGGUAA